AUGUUGAGGACCACGGGGGCGCGGCUGCAUAAGCAUCAGAGAGAGCAGCCGAGGAACGAGAUAUUCAAACUGCUCAAUCUCUUCUGCGACCCAUUAGUUCAGAGGGCAAUCACGAACGGGGAUGAGAUAAAGGUGUCAGUCCAACCGCCUAGGAAGAAACAGCGGAAGGAGAAGAGUGAAGAUACGGAGGACGCGGACGCUAAACUGGCAGAACCCGACUGGUACAACAUCCUAACCAGUAUAGUAUCUCGACCAGUACGUGAUAAAACAUCUAUCAAUCCUAUCCCGACCGACAAGGAUGAUGUCUCCAUUUGUAACUUUACUACGACGUUGGAUUACCUGGUAUCCAAUGAUCCUAUCCCCGAGGACCGUGUAACCGGCACGGAUUUCCUGGAGUGGUUUUGGACGUCGCCCCUUCGUGGGACCCUAAUACCAACCACUAGACCAACCCUCGAGUCAAGACCUGCAAAGCCAAUAGGCUUGAGAUUAGGCCGAUCGACGGGUAGUGAUCGAUAAUCAGGGAAUGUUGAGCCCCCAGAGGCAAGGUAU